CUUGCACUCAUUCAGUAGACUGAAAACAAAGCUUUUGGUUAGUUUGUUCAGUCAGGUUAUGAUCUUAAACAAUUCCAAAGCAGCUGACCGAUGUCAACUAGCCAGCAGAGUUUUAUUUAUGGCUGUAGCUCCUCAGAUGCUCACCAGCAGCUGUUGUGAAUGUGUGUGAGCGCAUGCGUGUCUGGACUUUCUCAUUCUUCUGACCGUACAACUUUGUCUGGAAAUCACAGUCACAAUGACUCUCCAGUGGACAGCUGUGGCUUUCUUCCUCUAUGCAGAGAUAGUAGUCAAUCUCAUCUUGUGUAUACCCUUCAUAUCAGCACGGAGGUGGCGUUCGGUUUUCAGCUGGAGAAUAUGGAACUGGUUAUCUCCAUAUUGGAACAAGUGCUUCGUUACUAUGAUCAUGGUUCUUAUUGUUCUUUUCCUUGAUGCUGUCCGUGAAGUGCAGAAGUACUCAGGUCCUGAGCCCAUGCACGACGCCAAGGUGAACCCAAAUUUGUACGACAAUGUCCACAUGAAGCUGUUCAGAGCCCAGAGGAACCUCUACAUAUCUGGCUUCUCUCUCUUCCUCUGGCUUAUCAUGCGUCGGAUUGUCACCUUGCUAAACCAGGUUGCUAUCACCGUGGAGAACAGUUCAGGUCUUCAGGCACAAAUGGACAGUGCUGUCAAAGCAGCCAAGAAGCAUCAGGAUGACAACUUGAUGCUCAAACAAGCUCUCCUGGAUGAGGAACAAUCCACGUCAGCAAAAACCCAGCAAAUGAAGCUGGAGGCUGACAAGUUGGCGGAUCAAGUGAAAGCUGCUGAGGAGGCUGUACGCAAGUCUCAUGCUGAAGUGGAGGCCAUGAGGAGGCAGGCCAAAGGUCUGGCACAUGAGUAUGACAGACUAUUGAGGGAACACCAUCAACUCCAGAAUCUCCAGAGUCCUGCAGACAAAAAGGAUCAAUAACCACAGGAACACUGAUUUCUUCUGUACAUGAAUACCUUUUCUUAUUAUUACACUACAACUGUGUGCUGUAUGCAGUAUGCCACUAGAGGCAAUGUUUGUAUUAUAUUUUACAACUUUAAUUUUCUUUUGAAGUUUGAACCGAGGCACGUUUUUUAAUUGAUGGGAUUAACGGUAGGCUACAGUAUAUCUGAUAAACAGGAGCAUGCUGACAUCUUCUUACUAAAGUCUUUAUCAUGAACAUAAAACAUUUGCAUGUUACUCUACUAUUAGUUAAAGUGUACAAAUGAAUUGAAAGCUAACAUUUAAUAUUAAUACCUGAUAACCAACAACAACAAAGAAAUGCAUUAUUUUAUGCAAAAUUUGAUGUCACUUGCAUACACCAGACCACCGCAAUAGUCUUCCUGUAAGCACAUAAUGACUAAUGCAUACAUGCUGUACAUUAAGUCAUUGAAUUGUUUUAUAUGCAUUUUUUCAGAUAGUAAAGAUAGAAAGUGGGGAGAGAAAGAGGGGAUGACAUGCAGCAAAUGGCCACAGGUCGGAUUUAAACAGACAAAAGCAAAAGCCACACAAAAGCCGUUUCAUUUGUUCAAUGAGAGAGUGCACUUGACUUGAUGUGUUCAUGAUCAACAUCUCUGUUCAAAUUCUUAAAAAACUGUUCUCAGCAUCCUGGAAUGGUAGAUCUACAAUCAAACCCAACAAUUUAGAGUUGGCUCGACUAUUCUUGACACUUUGUAAUUAGUUGACAGUUUGAUUGGUGUAUGAAAAAUGCAGGACAAAUAAACACAUAUGAACCCAGA